UCACUGACUCUAUUUGUAUAUACACAAUUGGUUUUAUUAGUUAGUGUUGUAGACUUGCCAAAAGUAUUGUACAAAUAAAUAUUUUAAUUAACUUUCGAAAUCGGAAUAUUAAAUUCAGGUUCCUGCAAAGUGCAAGCAAAACGAGCUUAAAAUAACGAUAACUUGCAUCAUCACAAACAAGUGGCGUCAGCAGUGAUUGUGAGUCAUUUGCCAACAUCAUCAUCACCAGUAACAAUAAGUAAGGUCAUAACCGCAAACUCAAUAGUCACGCUAUGUCUGCCGCUGUGGAUAAUGAGCCGCGCACGGAGCUGCAGGAGUUGCAGCUCAAAUCUGCUCAAGUUGCCGAUGAAUCAUUGGAGAGCACGCGUCGCAUGCUGCACCUGAUGGAUGAAUCUAAGGAGGCUGGAAUACGUACACUGGUUGCCUUGGAUGAUCAGGGUGAGCAAUUGGAUCGCAUUGAGGAGGGCAUGGAUCGCAUUAAUGCUGAUAUGCGAGAGGCCGAAAAGAAUCUCAGUGGCAUGGAGAAAUGUUGCGGUGUCUGUGUGCUGCCCUGGAAGAAGGUCAACAUCAAGGACGAUAGCGACAAUGCCUGGAAGGCCAAUGAUGAUGGCAAAAUUGUGGCAAGUCAGCCACAGCGAGUGAUUGAUGAGCGCGAACGUGGUGGCAUGGGUGCACCACCGCAAUCCGGUUAUGUGGCACGAAUCACAAACGAUGCACGCGAGGAUGAGAUGGAUGAGAAUUUGGGGCAAGUGAACUCAAUGCUGGGUAACUUGCGUAACAUGGCACUGGACAUGGGAUCCGAAUUGGAGAAUCAAAACAAACAAGUUGAUCGCAUUAAUGCCAAAGGUGAUGCCAACAAUGUUCGCAUGGAUGGUGUUAACAAGCGCGCAAAUAGUUUGCUCAAGAGCUAAGCAGCUGAAAUAUUAAUAAUGAAAACUCAAAACGAUAACGAUAAGGUUAAAGCACAGCUCCCUCGCUUCCGUUGAACCCCCUACCUCCAUCCCUUCCAACAGAUAAACCAGCAACCUCCUACUAUCUCACUCUAACCUUAACUUUCACCAGUAGCAACAGCAGCAGCAGCAACAACAAAAGCGACAAAAUCAACAAUUAUCUACGUACUGGGAACAAAUGUUGUGGGCACAAAAGUUACUACCGGUAGCAGCUCUAUUAGUUGCUUAUAAAACUUUUAUAUUAAACGUAUACACAAACUUCUUACAAAGCAAACUAAUAUCGACUAAUGCAACUAACCCAUCAAAAUAUGUUACAUAUAUUUAUAUUUACCGUCUAACUAACUAACUAUCUAAAGGUAGAAAAAAACACAAAAUUUUAUAAUGAGAUUUUCGUAUUGAUGUACUCAUGUUUUUGGUACAAACUUUUUGAGGCUUUUACGACCUUUAUGAAUCAAACUAAACAGAACUUUGUAUUUGUAUGUAGUUCUUAUGAAAAAAUAUUUACAACCUGAACAAUAACCCGAGGUGAGGCAUUUAUAAGAAGGAGGAACAUUAGCGAUGAUCCGGAUUGAUUAAAAAAUUUAAGGGUAGUGUCAUAUUCGUAGCCAAUUGUUGUGCAUUCUUUGUGUGCACAAGUUUGUUAAUACUAUACAAAUUAUAUACAUAUACUCCCCUUAUAUUGAAUAACAUACACAUAUAUACUAUAUAUACGACGGGAACCAAAUUAAAAACCCAGUUUUUCAUUAGAUUAAGUAAAUAAAGCGAGUUGUGUUAAUUUAUCUGCAAUAAUCCCAAAUUGUUUGUACACAUACACAAUUUUAUUGAAAUUGAAAAAUAAUAUAUGUUUAUUGCAUAUUACCACUUAUGUAUAUUGAAUAGAUAUGUAAACCUUCGUAUUAACUGCUUAUAAUAGUUAUUAUUGCCACUUUAGUUUCUAUUCUAGCUGUUAUCAAUUGCAACUAUUAUAACUGAAAUGAAAUUAAUUCACCACCA